CACUGGUGGGUGGGCACUGGUGGGCACAGGUGGGUGGCACUGGUGGGCACAGGUGGGUGGCACUACUGGGCACAGGUGGGUGCACUGCUGGGCACAGGUGGGUGCACUGCUGGGCACAGGUGGGCGGAGCUAGUGGGCGCACUGCUGGGCACAGGUGGGCGGAACGUGUGGGUGGCACUGCUGGGCACCGAUCAUCAGGGCACUGAUCAUCAGUGGCCCUGAUGAUCGGUGCCGAUCCUCGCUCUGACAACUGCCGGUUCUCGGCAGUACUUUCCUCACGAUCUGACAGCGUGAGGAAAGUGCAGCCGAGAACCGGCACUUGCAU